AUGGAGCUCCGUGGACAAGAGACCAUAGCCGUGAUCGGAGCGGGCGUGCUUGGUCUUUCAUCAGCUUUGGAGUUGAUCGAGAAACCUCAAACUUCCAAACAUCAGAUAGUGAUCGUUGCUGAUCACUUUUCAACCGACCCCCCUAACCCUGUGUAUUCCACUACCAACGCCGGGGCACAUUACCGUCCUGUUCCCGCCAUAAAUACCCAGACGGAGCGCGAAGGUGAACAUGCGGCGAGAACAUAUUCCCGCUUUAAAAAGCUGGCUGCAGAAGAGCCAGCAAUGGGCAUAGAGUUCAUGGAAGGAAUCGACUAUGUGUCUGGAGCAGCUACCGCAAAUUAUACAGCCAUGAAGCCGAACUACGUCAACUCGGAGGGAUUUCGGCUCCUAGAGGGCACGGAGAAACCACAAGGCGUGAAGUUUGCUGCUAGAUACGACUCCUUUACCGUUGACCCUGAAACUUACUGCUUCCACCUACUCCGUCGCUUCAGGCUUAAAGGGGGUAAGAUUCUUCGCCUGACAUUACAAUCUGCCGAAGAGGCCUUCCGCCUAGACGGCUACAAUGUUGCUCUCGUGGUCAACUGCAGCGGUAUGGGCUUUGGAGAUCCUAAAUCGUUCAUAAUCCGAGUGGCACAGCAAAACGAAGACGGAACAUGGACUUUCAUCGUUCCUCGACCUCUUGAUGGUGGAACCAUUGUUGGUGGUACCAAAGAGGUACGUGACUGGAACCCUACCGCUUCGCUAGCCGUCAGAGAGGAACUACUCCAGAAAGGAGCAAAGAUGUAUCCUGGCAUUGUGAACUCGAGUGGAGGAUUUGAUGUCAUCAGAGACGUUGUUGGCCGUCGCCCAGCUCGCGAAGGCGGUAUGCGGCUAGAAGUUGAAACACUCCCUGACAAAAGGAGCAUCGUCCAUGCCUAUGGUAUUGGUGGUCGUGGGUUCGAGACGAGCUGGGGGAUCGCGGAGGACGUUCAGCGGAUGGUGACAGAGUCUAUGGAGAAGCGGACUCUAAUGAAUCGGCUUUGA